AUGCCCCUGAUCAACAUCAACCAGCUGCCGGAAAACACCCUCCUGGAACUCUUUACCCAUGUGCCUGCCCAUGAGCUGCUGAGGAAUUGCCGCCUAGUCUGUAGUCUCUGGCGUGACCUCAUUGAUGCUGUGACCCUCUGGAAGCACAAGAGCCUGCGUGAUGGCUUCAUCACUGAAGACUGGGACCAACCCGUAGCCGACUGGAAGAUCUUCUAUUUCCUGUGCAGCCUCCGCCGGAAUCUCCUGCGCAACCCCUGUGCAGAAGAGGAGAUGGGAUCCUGGCGAAUUGACUUCAAUGGCGGUAACAACUGGAAGGUGGAGAGUCUCCCAGGAGAGCAUGGGGCAGAUUUUCCUGACCCCAAAGUGAAGAAGUACUUUGUCACAUCCUACGGCAUGUGCCUCAAGUCCCAGCUGAUAGACCUCAAGGCCGAGGGCUACUGGGAGGAGCUGCUAGACACGUUCCGGCCUGACAUUGUGGUCAAGGACUGGUUCGCUGCCAGAGCUGACUGUGGCUGUACCUAUCACCUCCGAGUGCAACUGACCUCAGCCGACUACAUUGUCUUGGCCUCCUUUGAGCCGCCGCCCGUGACCAUCCACCAGUGGAACGAUGCCCAGUGGACAGAAGUCUCCUACACCUUCUCAGACUACCCACCAGGCGUCCGCCACAUCCUCUUCCAACAUGGAGGCAAGGACACCCAGUUUUGGGCAGGCUGGUACGGGCCCCGGGUCACCAACAGCAGCAUCAUCAUCAGCCAUACGACGACCCGGAGGAACCCGGGCUCACUGUCAACUCAUCCGGAAGACGAGGCAGGGGCAGGAGAAAGCUGA